AGUGAGAGAGAGGCUCUGCCUGAGCUCAUACUGGAUUGGACAGUGUAGAGGCAGAAGGGAAAGGAGGGGUGUGGAGAGCCAGCGUGUGUCAGAGAUGAGCAGGAGAGAAGACGCUUGUGCUGCAUUUGUUUAGGGCUUGUUUUUCACUCAUCAGUUGCUUUUUUUUUUAAUUUCAGAGUUAGCAACACUAUUCCCUGCCCUAGCAGCACAGCUGGGGGUGCACGCUCUCUCCGGUCAUGCCUGGGAACAAGUAGCAGCAGUCCGGGGUUAAAGUCCGCUGCGGGCACACAGUGAGACAUCACAGGCCUGACUAGAUUGCUUGCAGUAGACGGCCAAGUACACGUUACUGCCAGACAUGAGGGCGAACACGCCGGUAUCCAUACUGCACACAUCAUCUAAUGCAGACACAAAGGAUUUUCAGCAAUGUCACUCACUUUCCGGAAGCUGGAAUGUGAUGGAGGUUCUGGAGGAAGAGAUAACAUGCCCAAUAUGUUGCAAUUUGUUUGAGGAUCCAAGAGUACUGCCAUGCUCACACAACUUUUGUCAGAAAUGUUUAGAAGGCAUACUUUUAGGCAUAUCAAGGCAGCUGUCAUGGAGACCUUCAUCUUUUAAAUGUCCAACCUGCCGUAAAGAUACCUCCACGCAGGGCGCUAACAGCCAUCAAGUCAACUACGCCCUGAAAGGAAUUGUGGAAAAGUACAACAAGAUCAAGGCAGCUCCAAAGAUGCCCUUGUGUAAGGAGCAUAGUGGACAACCCCUCAACAUGUUUUGCACUACAGAUCAAAAGCUGAUAUGCGGGUUUUGUGCCACUAGUGUCCAGCACAAAGACCAUGUCUUUAUGUCCACUGAAGAUGCAUACCAUCAAAAAAAGCAUUCAUUGGGCUCACUCCUUCAGGAGGUUGAGAACCUGCAGAGCAUGGAAGUCUACACCCACCUAGACGCAUUGGAGACCAGGAAGAAGCAAGCGCUUCAAUUGCUGAAUAGGAACUCAGCCGGGGUGAAGGAUUACUUUGAAAAACUGCAAUGCCUGCUUGAGCAGAAAAAAAAUGAGACCCUCUCAGAUUUGGAGACCAUGAAGCUCUCAGUCAUGCAAAUGUAUGAUCCAGCAAUCAAUAAGACCAACACCAUCAAAGGUGAGCAGGAAAAGAUUAAGAGUAUUACUGAAGGGUUAAAGGACAUCUCUGACCCACUUGUAUUUCUUCAACGGAUUGAGGAAUUAAGAGGAAAAAUCAACCUUCUCAAAAGCCCAUUGCCUUCUCUUUCGGAUGAGACUAUCAUUCCUGAUAUGGAAAGUUUCAACACCACUAUAUGGGAUCAAAUCAAACUUGGUGAACUGGAUAAACUGUGUUUGCCCCAGCAACCACCUGCCAAGAUAAGCAGAUUGCAACUGAAAUUCCCAUUCUCCACUAAGCUGGUUGUCAUUGCUAUCAUACCUGUACUUUUACUCAUUGCAUUUAUGUCCGCACCAAAUAACAGCUUCAUCCAGGCCUUUGACAGCCCCCUGCAGACAAUGUACCCAUACCUGUUGGACACCAACUCAAGGGCAGUGGAAGAAGCUGCUUUCUAUUGGGAUCUGACUGCACAAAAAUUUGUAUACCUUGUGGAAGUGUUAAAGAACUAUAUCACAAUAUUCAUGGAGAAUGUGGCAAAAAUUGCAUGUCAAUAUACAUUGUAAUUAUUCAUUCAAUUAAGGUAAAAUAUCUUAAGUGAACUUGCCACUAUAGUAUAUACUUCAUGGGUGAUAUCUAGAGAACAGGAAUAGUAGACAUUUUGCCUUUGCUUAUACUGUAUUUUACAUAUUUUAUAACUUAAUUCAGAAUGUUCCCACCCACUUUCACCUUAUGUCAUCAAGUAAAAAGUGGACAUCUUUUAAUUAACACAAUACAGUCAGUUACUAUUUUUUUCUAGGUUUGUCUCUUUAAAAUAUGCCUUUAAUCUGUCUGAAGUGUAUAUAUAAUUAGUAUGGGAGGAUUUUUUCAAAGCUUGACAGGUAAAGCAGCAAGAAAUAAGAUAACCAAUCAGCUUUUAACGGUCAUGUUACAUGCUGUAUUUGAAAAAAAUGUCAGCAAGAGCAGAUUGGUUGUUACUUUUAUUUCUCUCCAAGCUUUGAUAAAUAGACCUAUAAGAGGGGAUUUAAUAUAUAAGCACAGAAAAAACUACAAUAUUAAAGACAAACAAAGGACAUUUUUACAGCUUACACCGUAUUUUAGCAGAAUAGGAUAUAAAACAUAAGAUUUUUUUUCUUCACUAUGGGGUCUAUGUACUAAGCCUUGGAGAGAGAUAAAGUGGACAGAGAUAAAGUACCAGCCAACAAGCUGCUGUAAUUUUUCAAACGGGAAGCAGUUACUUUACCGACAUACAGGAUCCCAAGGGAGAACGCAUUGCCGGUGUCAAAAUACAGACGCCGCUUCGGAUGCCGGCGUCAUAUUACUGACAGCCAGCAUCUUGAUCGUCCUCACAGCGGGACGCACUACCAUCCUGCCGAAGGGGAAGGGGGAAGGUUAGGUUUAGGCUGCAGAAGGGGAGUUAGGCUGCAGCGUCGGGACAGUUAGGCACAUAGAGGUUAGGCAUCAAGCGGGGAGAGAUAGGACUGAUGGCAGACAUACAUUCCAAAAUGUGUUAUUUCUGAAAGUAAAUUGUAUUCUGGUCUGAACCAUGCAGUGUUAGCACUGGGCCAUAUUCCGUAAACAGUGCGGCUAAUAUAGAUUAUACAGCAUGUAUGUUAGGCUAUAAUCACUACAGCUGCUGGUUAGGGUGUGUCAGAGUUGUAGUUUAUGAGGGAUUGUGCGAGGAAGGGUUAUAGUAUACUGUAUAACAGGUUUUCUUGUGGUGUCAUUAGAAUGACAAAUAUAAUGGGGACAGCUUAUAUAUAUAUAUAUAUAUAU